GACUCGUAGGACGCCCGUCGAGCAUGGACGGAAAUGAACGAAGGGUGACUCGGAGGAGGCUCGUCGUUAAACAUGGCGGCCAAGGCGCUACGUCAGCGAAGCAGAAGAGGCAGCAGACAAGAUGCGAACAAUGUUAACGUCUCCACAGAGGCUCGGAUGUCGAAAGAGGAGAAAGGGGGUGAAGACAGUAAGGACACAGAGACUAGGCAAGAGUCAAUAAGUCGUGGUGGGCAAGUAUGGGCCCCGGAAGGUUCGACUGCGUUUAAAUGUCUGCUGUCGGCACGCUUCUGCGCAGCGUUGCUGAGUAACAUCUCCGACUGCGAUGAGACCUUCAACUACUGGGAGCCUAUGCACUACCUGCUUUAUGGCACAGGGAUGCAAACGUGGGAAUACUCGCCAUUGUAUGCCAUCAGAUCCUAUGCUUACUUGUGGCUUCACGCUCUCCCGGCCUGUUUGCACGCCCAUGUGCUGCAGACAAGCAAGGUGUUGGUGUUCUACUUUGUGCGAUGUGUCCUCGCGUUCUGCUGCUGCGCCUGUGAGCUCUAUUUCUACAAGGCUGUUUGUAAGAAAUUUGGUUUGCACGUUGGCCGCCUGAUGCUGGCUUUUCUCGUCCUGAGCACCGGAAUGUUCUGCUCAUCUGCAGCAUUCCUGCCUUCCUCCUUCUGCAUGUACACGACGAUGGUCGCCAUGACCGGGUGGUUCCAAGACUCUAUGCCGUUAGCCAUUGCGGGCGUGGCCGCCGGCACCAUCGUUGGCUGGCCUUUCUCGGCUCUGAUCGGGGUGCCGAUUGCUUUUGACCUGCUUGUAAUAAAGAGGCAGUGGAAGAGUUUUAUCACCUGGUCCGCUGUUGCUCUGCUGCUGCUGCUGGGUCCCUUGGUGGCAGUGGACUCUUUGUUUUAUGGCAAGCUGGUGGUUGCCCCUCUCAAUAUUCUACUGUAUAAUGUCUUCACAUCACAUGGGCCCGAUUUGUAUGGUACGGAGCCGUGGCACUUCUACUUUGUGAACGGGAUCCUGAACUUCAACCUGGUCUUUGUUCUGGCGCUCUUUUCCCUGCCGCUCACUGGUCUCAUGGAGACGCUUCUGCAUAAGUUCAAUGUGCAGAACCUGGGCCGUCCCUACUGCUUGACCCUGGCCCCCAUGUACUUGUGGAUGUUGGUUUUCUUCACCCGGCCUCACAAAGAAGAGCGCUUUCUCUUUCCCAUCUACCCCCUCAUCUGCCUCAGCGGGGCCGUGGCCCUCUCGUCCCUCCAGAAAUGCUACCACUUCCUGUUUCAGCGCUACCGACUAGAUCACUACACGGUCUCCUCCAAUUGGCUGGCGUUUAGUGCAGUUGUGGUCUUUGCCGUGGUGUCGCUCUCUCGCUCCGUCGCCCUCUUCAGAGGUUACCACGCCCCCCUGGACCUAUACCCCGAGUUCCUCCGCAUCGCCAAGGACACGACCCUGCACACGGUCCCCGAAGGGAGACCGGUUAGCGUGUGUGUGGGCAAGGAGUGGUACCGCUUCCCGAGCAGCUUCCUUCUUCCUCACAACUGGCAACUACACUUCAUCCAAAGUGAUUUCAAAGGUCAACUCCCCAAGCCGUACGCCUCAGGCCCUCGAGCCACGCAGCUCAUACCUGCUGAUAUGAACGACCAAAAUCUGGAGGAACCCAGCAGAUAUGUGGACAUCCGGCACUGCCACUACCUGGUAGACCUCCACACGGAAGAAGAAACGCCACGUGAGCCGCGCUACGCAGCCAACAAAGAAGAGUGGAACAUCAUUGCCUAUAAGCCUUUUCUCCAAGCUUCCAGGUCCUCUCCGAUCUUCCGAGCGUUUUAUAUCCCGUUCCUCUCUGACCACCACACCACCUACAGACGCUACGUCAUCUUGAAAUCACGGCGGCAAAAGCAGCCGCGUACGCGCGGCCACGGCUGAUCUUGGAACCCGCUUCGCUCCGAUACGACAGCAUCCUUUCCCUUUGACUUGACACAGCUGCCGUGUGUGUGUGUGCGUGUUUUGAAAUAUUCAUCUGAAGGAAUGAAGAUA